AAGUGGCUGUUACAACAGCAACACAUUUAUUUGUUUUAGUUUUAUGCCCUUUGGCUGUAUUUAGCUAUCUGCUUCUUCUGACACGCCAAUUCAGCAAUUCAAUUUUCCAGCAGAGGCCAUUGUGAGAUUGUAGGCUGGGAGGAUGACCGCUCGAAUGUAUUGCUCGUUUGGUGCGGUUUUAUUGUGUCUGUUUGGAAACUUGAACAUAACAGAUGCUACUCUAGGUAUUGGCGGUCUGAGGCUGAAAGACUUGCUAUCCCAUCGAGGAUGUUCUUCUGAUAGACCCUGCUCUGGAAGACAAUACUGCUCUGAAAGACCUGGCUGCUCUCGAUUUCAAUGUGAUCCUGUUUCCAUGAAACCCGGUCAAUGUCCUGACCCAAAGAACAUUCCACUGUCUGCUAAAAACUGUGUCCAUGAUGGUCAGUGUCCUGCCACACAGAAGUGUUGCCCAACCACCAGUGGCCAUGGAUGCAGUGAACCAAGCCGACAGGGCCAGGGAAGCUGUCAGAACACGGGCCAGGGUGCCGGACAGGGCAAGGGAAGCGGCCAGGGCAGCGGACAGGGUGCCGGUCAGGGAAGCGGACAGGGUGCCGGACAGGGUGCCGGUCAGGGAAGCGGACAGGGUGCCGGACAGGGUGCCGGUCAGGGCGCAGGACAGGGCGCCGGUCAGGGAAGCGGACAGGGUGCAGGACAGGGCCAGGGAAGAGGACAGGGCGCCGGUCAGGGAAGCGGACAGGGCCAGGGAAGUGGACAGGGUGCAGGACAGGGCCAGGGAAGCGGACAGGGUGCAGGACAGGGCCAGGGAAGCGGACAGGGUGCAGGACAGGGCCAGGGAAGCGGACAGGGUGCAGGACAGGGCCAGGGAAGCGGACAGGGUGCUGGACAGGGCGCCGGACAGGGCCAGGGAAGCGGACAGGGACAGGGCCAGGGAAGCGGACAGGGUGCAGGACAGGGCCAGGGAAGCGGACAGGGUGCAGGACAGGGCCAGGGAAGCGGACAGGGUGCAGGACAGGGCCAGGGAAGCGGACAGGGUGCUGGACAAGGCGCCGGACAGGGCCAGGGAAGCGGACAGGGCCAGGGUGCCGGCCAGGGAAGCGGACAGGGUGCAGGACAGGGCCAGGGAAGCGGACAAGGUGCUGGACAAGGCGCCGGACAGGGCCAGGGAAGCGGACAGGGCCAGGGUGCCGGCCAGGGAAGCGGACAGGGUGCAGGACAGGGC